AUGGGAAAGCUGGCAGGGCUAAGGAGAGGUGGUUGUGGCAAUGCGGACAAGGCCACCUGUGCCCGAAGGUGGUAUCACUGUGUGCCUCAGGAUGCAUUGCUGGCUUUCAUUGUGUUCGUCAUGUUAUCUGAUCGUCGAAGGUUACCACACCAUCGCUGGGACGAGCUGCAGCAAGAGAAUGGAAAAUGCCAAAGGUCAAGUCGUGCCUGCUGUGCCGCUGCCCGCCGCAGCCUGAAGACCAACCUGUGCAAGUGGUGUGACUCCACGCCACCGGCCUGCGAGGAGAAGGUGUGCUACAGCAACUGCAACCUCAACUCCUACUGCGAGGACCCCUACGAGAUCUGCGUGGCCAUAUGGAGACAGGACAACGAGAGCAUCAGGAUCAGCACCCUCUGCCACAACCCCCACCGCCCCAUCGAAAACCUCAUGGUGCCCAACUACAACACCUCGCGCUGCAUCAUGACCCAUCAGCCCAGCGAGGACGGGAUCAUCUACAUCUGCGGCUGCGUGGACGAGCAGGAGUGCAACGAUAAACUUAUCUUUGAAAACCACACCAACGGCUACUCCAUGCUGCAGAGCAAGGAGGUGAUCCCGGUGGCUGCCAUCAGCCUCCUGCCCCCGCUGCUGGUGGCGGUGAUGAUCACGGUGAUAUUCUACCUCUGCCGCACGCAGAAGCGGCGCAAGAGAGCCAAGGCGUGGGGUGGGAAAGUGGGGCAGCCCCCGGCGCUGCCGGAGCCAGGGAGGUCCACCGAGCAGGAGGAGAAGUUGUCCGUGCUGAUGGAUGAGACCCCAGCCAGCACCGGCCCCACCUGUGCCAGCAGCAGCCGCUCAGGGCAGUACGAGACGGUGGCCGUGAAGAUCUUCCCCUGUGAGGAGUACUCCUCCUGGAAGAACGAGAGCCAGAUCUUCACCGACGCCAGCCUGAAGCACGACAGCGUCCUGCGGUUCCUCACGGCCGAGGACCGGGGUGCAGGGCCCCGCCGGGAGUACUGGCUCAUCACCGCCUACCACAGCCGGGGCAACCUCAAGGACUACCUCUCCCGCCACAUCCUGAGCUGGAUGGACCUGCAGAAGAUGGCGGGCUCUCUGGUGAGUGGGGUGGCCCACCUCCACAGCGACUACACCGCCUGCGGCAGGCCGAAAAUCCCCAUCGCCCACCGGGACAUCAAAAGCACCAAUGUCCUUGUGAAGAACGAGCAGGAGUGCGUGCUCUGUGACUUCGGCAUCGCCAUACGCCUCGAUCCUUCCCUGACAGUGGAUGACUUUGCCAACAGCGGGCAGGUGGGCACUGCCAGGUACAUGGCCCCGGAGGUCCUGGAGUCCAGGGUAAACCUAGAAGACCUGGAGUCUUUCAAACAGAUGGAUGUCUACUCAAUGGCCCUCGUUUUGUGGGAAAUGGCCUCCAGAUGCGAAGUGGUAGGAGAGGUAAAGAAUUACGAGCUUCCUUUUGGGUCAAAAGUCCAGGAGCAACCUUGCGUGGAUACCAUGAGGGACAUCGUGCUGCAUGGCAGAGGACGCCCCGAGAUCCCGAGCAGCUGGCUGGUGCAUCAGGGAAUGCGUUUUCUGUGCGACACCAUCACGGAGUGCUGGGACCACGACCCCGAGGCUCGCCUCACUGCCCACUGCGUGGCCGAGCGCUUCAACCUGAUGGCACAGAUGGAUUGCGAUGACAUCCUCAACAACAACACGGACAACGAGGCCACCAAAACAGCCUCUCCCGGCGGGGAGCACCAGGACAGUGACGGGAGCAGAAACACGCAGUGACGCAGCAGGCAAAAAAGCCUCAUCGUGAGAGAUGAGGGGAAAAGCAAGGAGCGUUUAGCUCAUGGGGAAAAACCCUGCUUCGUUUUUCAAAAAUGGAACUAAGAUCUAGUACAUAACUUAUUUAUAAGAUCUGUUUCCUCCCACAGAUACAGUGAACUGUGGAAUCAAUACUUCGGUUAAAGUGCAACAUUAUAUAUGAACUGAUUUUGUACUUACUUUAAAAUGUAUAAUGAUGCAAAGCAUUCCUUUUAUUAUUUUUUAAAAUAAUGUUUAAUCUUUUAUUAAUAAGCA